ACACGUGUUUCACUGGGACAAUAGUGAGUGGUGCACACUUCCUUCGCCCGGCCACAGAAGACAAAAAAGAGUUGCUGGUGUAACAAUAGGAAGAAUAUAUUCCACUCCUCUCUUGUACACGCGGCUUAUGAGAUGAACGCUCGUCAAGAAGAACGUCCCCUUCAGCAGCAGGAGGAUCCACAGCCCCCCCACAUGAAAGAGGAAGAGGAGGAAGUGUGGAUCAGUCAGGAGGGAGAGUGUCCUGUAGGGCAGGAGGAGGCUGAUGUCAGCAAGUUUCCACUGACUGUUGUCUCUGUGAAGACUGAAGAGCAUGAAGACAAACCACCUGAGUCCUCACAGCUUCAUCACAGUCCAAACGUCUGUGAAGAACAUCUUCUCCCUGAGCAACAGAAGUGGAGCUUCAGGAUGGAGCCACAGCCCUCCCACAUUAAAAAGGAAAAGAAACACCCACUGAUCCCCCAUUUUAAAGCGGAAGAGGAUGACCCACUGACCACUCACAUCAAAGAGGAAGAAGAGGACUCAUUGACCCCCAAUUUUAAAAAGGAAGAGGAGAAGCCACUAAUAACCCAUUUUAAAGAGGAAGAGGGGGACCCACUGACACCCCAUUUUAAAAAGGAAGCGGUGGAUCCACUGAGCCCUCACAUUAAAGAGGAAGAGGAGGACCAAGAGCCGCCGCACAUUAAAGAGGAAGAGGAGGAAGAGGGCAUCAGUCAGCCUAAAUGGUUGGAGGAGUUCCCAGUGACUGGUGUCCCUGUGAAGAGUGAAGAUGAUGAGGUGAAAGGUGAAAGUGAGGAGAGGGGAGGGGGGGAGCCUCCAAGCAGCAGCUCAACACAACACAUGACAACAGAAGCUGAUGGAGACCACUGUGGAGGAUCACAAGCAGACAAGCUCUUAGCUCCACUAUCAGAUAGUGAGGACACAACGUCACACUCUCCUGACACUGAUGAUGAAGACUCUAAAGAUGAUAAGACAUGUCACACUGACAACACUCACUUCACAUCUUCUCACGCUCACAAAACUUUUAAAUACCAAAGUCGUCUGAAAACACACAUGAGAACACACACUGGAGAAAAACCUUUUUCUUGUUCACUCUGCAGUAAAGGUUUUACACAAAGUAUCAAUUUGAAAGUACACAUGAGAACACACACUGGAGAAAAACCUUUUUCAUGUUCUAUCUGUGGUAAAGAUUUUACUCAGAGGCCACAUUUGAAAGUACACAUGACAACACACACUGGAAAAAAAACUUUUUCAUGUUCUAUCUGUGGUAAAGAUUUUACUCAGAGGCCACAUUUGAAAGUACACAUGAGAACACACACUGGAGAAAAACCUUUUUCAUGUUCAAUCUGCGGUAAAGAUUUUACUCGAAGGGAAAAUUUCAAAAAGCACAUGAGAAUACACACUGGAGAAAAACCUUUUCCUGUUCAAUCUGCAGUAAAUAUUUUGCGCAACGGCACUAUUUGAAAGAACACGUGAGAACACACACUGGAGAAAAACCUUUUACAUGUUCAGUAUGUUGUAAAAGUUUUUUACAAAGUCAGCAUUUGAAAAGACACAUGAAAAGACACCCAGGAGAGAAAGUGUUGAGUUGCAGUGUGUGUGGUGAAAGAUUGUCUUCUAAGUACCAGUGUAAGAAACACAAGUGUGCUGGUGAGAACAGCAGCAGCAAAUGAAACUGCAGGAUUUGAAAUAAACUGUCCAGACUUUCAUUUUGACCUUCUAAAAACAUCAGCACAUAGUUUCUAAGAUUUAUAGAUGAGAUAUUUUAGAUUAUUACCUUUUUUCAGUCAAGUACUACACAUGACAAGUGUUUUUUAAAGUUGUUCAUGAUUUAUCCCCCUUUUUUAGAAUUCCUCAAACAUUAUCAAUUUCAGAAAACAUGGGAACGUUUGGAAUGUUUGGGAAAAGUUAAUUAUGUACAUCAUCCCACAGAGCUUUACUGUACAUCCAUCCAUUUGUUCUACCACUUGUCUCUUUCAUUUUAUAUGUAUAGCAUUUAAUCACAUACUUGUCCGCCAAAGGGUGUUGCGUUUUGGAGGAACUCCUUCUGUCAGAGUGCUGUUCACACUUCUUUUACUGCGGAAAUCUACUCACAAAAACAAUCCAAACAGUAGGAAACAAAAAACGAUGGUGCGAAAAAGAGAAGACUAAAUGUGCAUUUUGGAAAAAAUAACAAAAGCUACUUCUAUACACAAAUAAAGUCAACUUGGUUUGGAGUUACAAGACGUGCACACUACAAAACAACACCAAGAUGGAUGGCACUGGGAAUGGCCAAGGUAGCAAAAUACUCAAAGCAUGGAAUCAACUGGCGUGUAAUGGAAUCGCCGAGUGCCAUCCAGCUGUCAAGGUGCUGCUUAAGUAGCACCAGGGUCAAUCGGAAGCAGCUGUGCACGUCCCACAACUCCGCCCACAAAGGCAACACAGGAACUCUAGGAGGAAGGAGAAAUGUAAGAACAAGGUCAACUGCACCAAAAGACGAAAACUGACUGUUGGAGCCAAAUUUCCUUAUUUGCUUAUAUUGUUUUUAUUUAGUUUUCUCUGAUUGAUUGCUGGCUUCAGUUCAUGCUGAAUUUCCCUUUCUGCAGAUUGCUCCGCCCACUUCCUGUUGAGAACCAGGAAGUGUUGACAGGGAUGGGACUGUUGCUAUGGUGUGGUUGCCAUGGUAGCCUCCUUUAAUUGUGUUCAGCUGGGAACACUGGGGGGUGAUUGCAUGGAGGACAAACAGUUUUGGAGCGUGUGGUGUGGUGUGUGGUCAGGUCUCACUGCUGUGACAAUGUGCCAUUCAAGCCAAGGUCAGCAUACAUUAUGUUCUAGAACCUACUUUUCAUUUCAUUUUGAUAGCUUGGAAUAAAGGGAUUGUCAUAUCCAAACACAUUUCUACAGUACUGGACAUUCAAUCAUCAAACUGGUCAACACAGUAUCAGUAUCAGUAUCAGUAUCAGCCCAAAGAUAAGUGCUGUACAAUGACAAUAAAAUGCCUCGUAGCCGAUUAUACAAAUGUGAUCAAUUCAUCUAGAUAUUGUCCUGCCACAGUGAAUAGGUUUCCCUUUUUAAAGGGCAAAUUCCUCCCAGGGUCUUUUGUCCUAAUGACUGUCUGGAUAAAGUGAGGAGAAUAUAAUUCAGGAAAACAAUUUAUUUUACUAAUAAACUAGAUUAAGUAACACAUUUUUACAGUUAGCUAAAUUGGACAGAACACCUGCAUCAUCUUCUCAACAACACCCACAUUCUUACAAACAACAUAUUUAAGAAUGGUGGUGUUAAAUACAAAGUGCAUUCAGAUACAAACAAUUAUUUUUGAUGUUUACUCUAUUAAAGGACAUAUAUGUGCACAUGUAUGCACUGAUUAAAAAUACAGAACAAUAAUGCCCACGUUUAGACUUUCUCCAUCAAACGCCAUCUUGCUUUCUCCUCCUUUCUAUUUCCAGCAGACUAGUAGAACAUCUUAGGUGUAUUGCUGCCCUCCACAGUCUAUUAACAAAAUGUCUUCCUUCUGUCCUAUGGCCCACACUACAGACUUGGACACAAACAGGACAGAAAGUAAAAAGCAGCUUGAAGGAGGUCAAAACAAAAUGUAUGCAUUCUUUCCAACGGCCGCUGGGUGGCAGCAGAGGCUCCAUGUAUCACCUGAAGAAACAUUUGACUUCUGACCUUUCCACAUUAUUUCUCUCAUCUUUACUGCUGGAGUUCAGCUCACUGAGGAUGUAAGCUACAUUUUGGUAUCUUAAUUAUCUUUAAUUAUUCAUAAACAGGCUUAAAACAAACCAUUAUUAUCAUUACUGCCUCAUUUGUUUCACUCU